AUGGCUAACGAUACUAGCGGUGCUACUAACGCUGAGACCGACAAUGGUAGCAGCAGCAUCAACUUGGAACCAUCUCCACCCUUAGCAGAACCAGCACCCAGAGGACCCAUCACUGAUAGGACCAAAGUCAACUAUGUGCCAAAGAACAACGACCCAUCGUCAUUUCAGUACUAUCCAGACGAUCCCGAAAAUCCCAUCAACAAGUACAAAUUCGCGCUGAAGGCAGACAGCCAGUACUACGACCCGUGCGAGGAGUCCUCCAAGCUUAGCUUCCAGUGCCUGGAGCGCAACGAUUACGACCGGUCCAAGUGCCAAGAAUACUUUGACGCGUAUCGCGAGUGCAAGAAACAGUGGCUGACAGCCAGGAGGAAGAACAGACAGCAAUGGGAAUGA